UCUCAUUCAAAGCAACUUUAAAGUAUAUAAACACACAAGCAAGUGGUAAGUGGGAAAGUAACAACAACUCAAUUCCAGACCAAACCCACCCAACAGUCAGUCAACAACACGCAAUUGCAAUUCUCUCUUUUUUGUCAAAAUCUAAAAAAAAAAUUCCUAAAUUUGCGGUAAAUGUAACGGAUUGUGUUCUUUGAAGAACCCCGCGAUUACCGGUGAAUCGGCUCCUUACUCUAUUAGCCGUAAGUAACUCCACGCAGACGAGAUCUCCGACGAUUUGGCCACUACGCCGAAGAAGAUUUUUCCAGAAAAUUUAGGGGUCGGUGUUAAGCUAGUAAGGUCGGUCUUUUAUAUAAGCUAUGGUUCUUGAUGGGAUUGUAUCAUCACCAUUACGGAGGCCACAUGCGCUAAAGAAGCAAUGGGAUGACUUGGGUAGCUGCUCUACUGUUGUUCAGAGGCAUCGUUUCCUUUUGACUGCUAUGCUUCUUUUGGCCUUCCUCUGCACUAUUUAUAUCUACUUUGCCGUCACACUAGGCGCUAGGCACUUGUCUUGUUCUGGGAUGACUGGGAAAGAGAAGGCAAUUUGUCAAAUGGAACACGUCCAAGCCAGUUUCUCCAAAGGAAAACUGAAAUUCUUGUAGAGUCUCAGCUAAAGCUGAUUGGUUUAUAAACAUCAUUUUGUCUCUCUAUUGCAAUGUCUGUAAACGGCCUAGAGAAUCUACUCUUACCUUAUUCUACUGGGAUUAUGUCCCAAGAUUCACAAUUAUUGUACAAAUAUGAAUCUUCUGUAAUGGAAUAUAUGCUACAAGUUUUUGAGAA